UGAAAUACACCUCAGUUAUCUUUUUUGUCUAGCAAUUGUGUGAGGUUUUUGUGCUGAAAGAGUCGAAUCUUGAUGGUGGCGAAGCAAGUCGGUAUUGAUUGGAAAUUUCAACCCAAGACGUGUGUUGGUGAUGAUGAUCGGAUAAGUCAGUUGCCGGAUGACAUUCUUGUUGUUAUAUUGUCUUUGUUAUCGCUAAAGGAAGCUGCACGUGCAAGUAUUCUUUCUUCGCGGUGGACGAACUUGUGGAAACACACCCUUUCCCUCGACUUCGAUGCAGAGAAUUCAAUGUGCAAGCUUGCAAGGGAAAGGGAGUUAGAGAUGGAGGAGGGGCUCAAGUACGUAGAAUGGGUGAACUCCGUCCUGCAAUCGCAUAGAGCUGUCACAUUGAGAGAGUUCAGAAUAUGUUUUGAUUUAAGCGAACCAUCUCAUAUAGUACUAACUAAGUGGCUCGAAUAUGCGCUUGCCAGACAAGUUCAGAGGUUGGAGUUUGACCUUUCUGCUGCAAAUUCGAGACGUUUUGGCCGUACUGACUUAAAUUACGUUUUCCCUCAAGAGUUGCUGACUGAAAGCAACCAUCACACUCGCACACGUUUCGGUUUUAAGCACCUCAAAGAGUUGUCUUUUAGAUUUGUUACCGUGACUCGCGAAGCUAUUGAGUUCUUUUUGAAUAAUUGCCCGUUUCUUGAAAAUUUGAUUGUCCACAAAACAAAAAAGAUAUCAACUCUUGAAGUUUGUGGUUCAUCCCUCGCGUUGAAACACUUGGAGCUAUUUGGUUUGGAUUCUGUUAAGGUUUCAGCACCAAAUCUUACUUCACUCUCAGUUAAGGUAUAUAAGGAACUCAUUCUUGAUAAUGUUCCAAUGCUUGAUGAGUUGACUGUUGCUUGCGGUUACUGUGAGUUUUCUGUCGAAAGAUUACUACUCUCUUCCUGCAUUUCACAACUAGAGAGUCUUACCCUGAUGCUGAGCAACUUGAAGGGAAGUACGGUGUUGUGCAAGUUUCCCGAAAUGCCUAGGUUGAAGAAGCUAGUGAUUGAGUAUUGGACACUGGGUGAAGGAAGUCUCAUAGCACUGACUUCUUUGAUCAAGGCAUCUCCUUAUUUGCAGGAAUUUGUUUUAAAAUUAAGGUGGCUAGAGCUUUCAAGGUCAGAUAGAGAAAUUGGAAGUAGUGUAAGGUUUCCCCACGAGCACCUUAAAGUGGCCAAGUUUUGUGGCUAUUAUGGUCGUAGCAGUGAUGUUGAAUUUGUCAAGUACUUUAUAGAUAACUGCGUCGUGCUUGAGAAAUUAAUUAUUGAUCCCCACGGUCUAGUAUAUAUUCCCCGUGUACCAACUAGCCCUGCUAAAUUAGCUAAAGAAGUAACGGCAAGGGACUGCGCCAAGCGACAACUAGAAUCACAGGUACCUGCGCACAUUGAAUUGGUUAUUCUUUAAUUAAUAGUUUGUGUGCUGCUGUAUUUAUGAGUUUAAACUAUCACUAAGUUAUGUUAUUUUGAUGACUAAGUUUUGUUAUUUUGAUUAUGGAUAUUACUGGAUGUUGAAAGCAUUUCUAAUAUU